AAGGGCUGCUAAACACCAACCAACCAUUUGCACCCAUGAUAUGUCAUAUGCAUAUACUGCUAGCUUGAUAGUUAUAACACAACUUGCAUCAGCAUUUAACUUCUGUGUUCGUGUGCAUAGCCAGCAGCUUUAGUAGUGUUAAGCUAGAUAUAGCUAUAACUAGUGAAUUUUCAAGCUUGUGUUGUGUGCAUGGGGCAUCACUCCUGCUGCAACCAGCAGAAGGUGAAGAGGGGGCUCUGGUCUCCUGAGGAGGAUGAGAAGCUCAUCAGAUACAUCACCACCCAUGGCUACGGGUGCUGGAGCGAGGUCCCGGAGAAAGCCGGUCUUCAGCGGUGCGGGAAGAGCUGCCGGUUGCGAUGGAUCAACUACCUCAGACCGGACAUCAGGCGAGGGCGGUUCACGGCGGAGGAGGAGAAGCUGAUCAUCAGCCUCCACGCCAUUGUCGGCAACAGGUGGGCUCACAUUGCCAGCCACUUGCCUGGCCGGACGGACAACGAGAUCAAGAACUACUGGAAUUCAUGGAUCAAGAAGAAGAUCCGCAAGCCAGUAGUGAGCACGACGAGCUCGUCGGUGACGACGUCGAGCCCUCCAUGCAGCACGGCGGCGUCGGAUGCGGCGGCUCUUGGCCACCUGCAGACACCGUUCAGCGCGGCGGAGCACCAGCUCGACGCCAUCAUCAGCCAGAGCCUAGCGCUGCCGCCGAAGCUGGGCGCCGGCCAAGACUCCCCGCCGGCGCCGCUUCUGCCUCCGCACUGCCCCUUCUUCAUGUUCGACACCAGCGUCAGCCCGCCGUCGUCGCUGACGUCGCCGGGUACGGUGGCCCAGCUGCAGCACCCCUUCCUCACCUUCACGGCGGCGGCGAUGGACGCGCCGAGCUUCCAGCUGCCUCCCCUGGUGGACGGCAUCGGCAUGGGCAUGGCAACCAUGGACUGCGGCUUAGGUGAGGAAAGAGGUCAUGAUCAUGGAGGAGGCAACAAUGGCCACGCGGCCGGCAUGGCGAACGGCGGCAGCUGCUGCUACGGGCAGCAGCAGAAGCAGCAGGAGGAGGAGCAGCUAGGGCAGGAUCAGUGGGACGAUGAGUCGGCGCAGCACCUGCUGAUGUGGGACGAUGACCAAGAACUAACAUCGUCCAACCUGGAAGCCAUGGAAAGCGGUGCUCACUCCCUACUUUUUAUGGGACCAAAUGACCAUGCAUGAUACUAAGCUGGUGUGCGUCCAUAUGCAUCUCCCUCCUUGAUAUCUUUCUUGAUCUGAUCUAUCUCUGAUCCCUUUCUAGCUCUCACCUGAUCUGAUCUGUCUAUACAUGAAAUAAUGAGGUUUUCCAAGGCGCAUAAUUUAUUUUGUUUGAUUUUUAUUUUUUCUUUUUCCAUUUUGAUUUAACAUGUGUUUUUUUUUGUUUGGAGUGAAUACUAAAGAGAGAGUGUGUGUUAAUUGGGUUUUUUGUAAAGAAAUAUUGCAUGGAUGCAUGCAUGCAUAUGUUCAUGCAUGGCAUUGCGCUUGGAGUGUAAUUUGAUUGAUGUAUCCAAAUGAAUUUAAAAUAAUAAGCAAGAUGACACAAAAGAGAAGCAAAAAGGAAAGAAAGGGAGCCAUGCUCUUUUCCCCUUUGGAUUCUUGUGUUUGUCUGUGCUAUAGAUUGCGCACGCA